AUGGUAAAGAUAUAUGCACAACGGUUUCAGAAUGUAAUGAUGACCAUAAAAGGCAAGAGGCAAGAGAAUGAUCUCAGGUACAAUCGUGGAGCCACGUGCUUGAUAUCCAAGUUGAGUGAUGCUGCAGAUGUCAAGCCUUUCGAUAUAAAGCCGACAUUCGCUAAGGAUGCCCCGAAGCGUGCCAGCGACCAGAAGUCCUUGUUGUCAAAAAUGGUUAUUGUGAAGAAAAAGAAGAAAUAUUAUCCUCCGGAUUAUGAUCCAACUAAAUUGCCUAGAGCAAAGGGAACUAGAGCUCGACAGUUCGUUCAACGAGUCAUGACCCCUUUCAAUAUGCAGUGUAAUACGUGUCACGAAUACAUUUACAAAGGAAAGAAGUUCAAUAUGAAGCGUGAAACUGUAGAAGGAGAAGAUUACCUUGGUCUCAGACUUUUUCGGUUUUAUUUCAAGUGCCCGAAUUGCUUAGCGGAAAUCACAUUCAAAACUGACUUGGAGAAUUGUGACUAUCAAAAUGAACAUGGUGCUACUCGAUUAUUCGAAGCAAUGAAGCUCUAUCAAGAUGCCGAGAAGGCAAGGGAAGCUCAAGAAGAAGAAGACAAAAAAGACCCAAUGAAAAUGCUCGAGAAACGAACGAUGAUGAGUCGUGCGGAAAUGGAAGCAAUGGGUAACCUGGAAGAUCUGCAAGAGAUUAGUAGGAACAAAGAGGCUGUUGAUGUGGAUGACUUCCUGGAAGCCACAAAACCAGUACUCUCAAUACCUGAACAGAUAAAACUGCAAGAAGAAGAGGAUGAAGCCUUGAUUAGGAAGGUUUAUGGCAAAACUGCUGAUGGUAAGAUAAUGAAACGGUUAGAUGAUGACAUAAAGGAGGAAGAGGAAGAGGAAGAUCUCAGUAAACCUGGAACCAGUGGCUUGAUAUCCAAGUUGAGUGAUGCUGCAGAUGUCAAGCCUUUCGAUAUAAAGCCGACAUUCGCUAAGGAUGCCCCGAAGCGUGCCAGCGACCAGAAGUCCUUGUUGUCAAAAAUGGUUAUUGUGAAGAAAAAGAAGCUGGAAAUAAAGGAGGAACCGGCAGAUGAAUCUCACGAGCCUCCUCCUCCUGCCCCUCCUCCAACACCAUCCACGUCGGAUGUGAAACCAACAAACGGUCUGCUUGGUCUCUGCGCUUACGGAAGCGGAUCUGAUUCGGAUUGA